AUGGGCCGGCAAAAGCAACCAACGCCGCUCCAACGCGCUCCCUCAUCCUCCGUGAUGCACAUGCCUCCGAACGAAGCCGAAGCCGUGGAGAAGUCAACAAAUGGAAGCGCAAAUUUUCCUUCCAAUGCCAACGGCAGCGCGUCUGCUAAGGUGACGACAGCGCAAGAAACGGUCGAACCCCCCGGCUUGAUGCAGCUCCUGAUCUGCGUCCUCGGUAUUUAUGCAGCAUUCCUCUCGUGGGGAGUCCUCCAGGAGGCAAUCACUACAACUAGCUACCUCGUUCGUCCCGCGACGGCCGACGAACCCGAGCCCGCGACAGAGCGCUUUACCUACUCCCUCGUGCUGAACACCGUCCAGUCCUUGUUCGCGGCGAUCACUGGUUUCAUCUACCUCUUCUCCUCGACCCCUAAGGGCCAGAAGAUGCCCUCCAUCUUUCCCACCCGUCGAAUCCUCUUCCCCUUGCUCCUGGUCAGCAUUUCUUCGUCUCUGGCGUCCCCAUUCGGCUAUGCCAGUCUCGCGCACAUCGACUACCUGACGUUCAUCCUUGCGAAAUCAUGCAAACUCCUUCCAGUCAUGCUCCUCCACCUCACCAUCUUCCGCAAGCGAUAUCCCCUUUACAAAUACGGUGUUGUGCUUCUAGUCACACUGGGCGUGGCCACGUUCACCCUGCACCACCCCGGCACUAGUAAGAAGGUCGCCACGUCCGCCUCGGAGCAGUCCGGCUCCUCGAUGUGGGGUAUUUUCUUGCUGUCGAUCAACCUCCUUCUGGAUGGCUUGACCAACACCACUCAAGACCAUGUCUUUGCCUCCCCGAAGCUGUACACCCGCUUCACGGGACCGCAGAUGAUGGUUGCGCAGAACGUUCUCUCCUCCAUCCUGACAGCCGCCUACCUUCUGAUCAUACCGCAUCUCUCUCAGAGCGGUUUACUGCACAACCUGCUUCCCUUCCCCAUUCCACCAUCCACUGAGACGGAGAUGUACUCCGCCAUCUCCUUCCUUACGCGCCACCCGGAGGCCCUGAAGCAUGUCCUUGGAUUCGCGGCGUGCGGAGCUGUCGGACAGCUCUUCAUCUUUUACACGCUGUCGCGCUUCUCAUCGUUGCUUCUGGUAACUGUUACAGUUACACGGAAGAUGUUGACUAUGCUUCUGAGUGUGUUCUGGUUCGGUCACUCCUUGUCCGCUGGGCAGUGGCUGGGCAUUGGCCUUGUGUUCGGCGGUAUUGGAGCCGAAGCUGUUGUUCAGAAGCAGGAGAAGAAGGCGAAGGAGCUGGCGAAGAAGGAGGCUGCUAAGAAAGAGCAGUAG